AGAGACCGGGUAGCCGCAGAGGCCGCAAGGGGAAAACCAGGCAGAGGGGGGUCAGGGAGACCGAGGGGGAGAGGGGGUGAGCCACAGCGGGUGAGAAGGGAGGGCCGCCCGUUCGGGGGCCGCAGGUGGAGGAUGCCGGCGCCGCGCGCCCGGGAGGAGCGCCGGCCGCUGCUGGCGCGCAGGCCGCGGGGGCCCCGACGGUGGCGGCGGACGGCGGCGGCCGCGGUGCUGCUGGUGGAGGCGCUGGAGCGCGCCGCCUUCUUCGGCGUCUCGGCCAACCUCGUGCUCUACCUCAACAGCGCCCGCUUCCACUGGGACGGGCAGCAGGCGUCCCGCGCGGCGCUCGUCUUCCUGGGCGCGUCCUACCUGCUGGCGCCCGUGGGCGGCUGGCUGGCCGACGCCUACCUGGGCCGCCACCGCGCCAUCGCGCUCAGCCUGCUGCUCUACCUGUCCGCCUCCAGCCUGCUGCCCGCCACCGCCUUCCUCGACGGCCGCCGCUCCUUCUGCGGGGAGGUGCCCGAGUCGUCGCUGGGGCCCGCCUGCCCGUCGCCGGACUGCCCGCGCGCCUCGCCCGCCCCGUACUGCGCGCCCACGCUCUACUCGGGGCUGCUGCUGCUCGCCCUGGCCGCCAGCUCCAUCCGGAGCAACCUCACCUCCUUCGGGGCCGACCAGGUGAUGGAUCUUGGCCGCCAUGCCAGUCGCCGCUUCUUCAACUGGCUUUAUUGGAGUAUCAACGUGGGUGCCGUGCUGUCACUGCUGGUGGUGGCCUUUAUCCAACAGAACGUCAACUUCCUGCUGGGCUACGGCAUCACCGUGGGCUGCGUGGGCCUGGCCUUCUUCAUCUUCCUCUUUGCCACCCCCAUCUUCGUCACCAAGCCCCCCGCAGGCAGCCAAGUGUCCUCCAUGCUUAAACUUGCUCUCCAGAACUGCUGUCCCCGGCUGUGGCACCGACACUCCACCAGAGACUCUCAAGGCACCCAGACGCUGCCUGCGCAGAGAUCUCCCCAGCCUGGCCCCACCCCGCAAGAGGACAUGGCCAACUUCCAGGUUCUGGUGAAGAUCUUGCCCGUCAUGGUGACCCUGGUGCCCUACUGGAUGGUGUACUUCCAGAUGCAGUCCACGUAUGUCCUGCAAGGUCUUCACCUCCACAUCCCGAACAUUUUCCCUGAGUACCCGUCCAACAGUUCCGUGGCUCUGAGAGCCGAGGGCAGCAGCUACAAGAUCCCGGAAGCCUGGCUCCUCCUGGCCAACGUCGUGGUGGUGCUGAUCUUGGUGCCCGUGAAGGAUCGUUUGCUCGACCCUUUACUGCUGCGUUGCAAGCUGUUGCCCUCGGCCCUGCAGAAGAUGGCGCUGGGGAUGUUCUUUGGUUUUGCCUCCGUGGUUGUGGCAGGAGGCCUAGAGAUGGAGCGUUUACAGUACAUCCAUCGGAACGAGACGGUGUCCCAGCAGAUCGGGAAGAAUGUGUACUAUGCAGCACCUCUGUCCAUCUGGUGGCAGGUCCCUCAGUACCUGCUCAUCGGGAUCAGUGAGAUUUUUGCCAGUAUCCCAGGCCUGGAGUUUGCCUACUCGGAGGCUCCUCGCUCCAUGCAGGGUGCCAUCAUGGGCAUCUUCUUCUGCCUGUCAGGAGUGGGCUCGCUCUUGGGCUCCAGCCUCGUGGCACUCCUGUCACUGCCAGGGGGCUGGCUGUACUGCCCCAAGGACUUCGGGAACAUCAACAAUUGCCGAAUGGACCUCUACUUUUUCCUCCUGGCCAGCAUUCAGGCCGCCACGGCCCUCCUGUUUAUCUGGAUCGCUAGUCGCUACGAGAGGGCAGCUCAGGGCCCCAUCUCUCAAAGCUGUCCCAGCAGGGAUAGGGGCUGAGCACGCCGCCCCCCUCCCCCCCCCCCCCCCCCCUCGCUUCUCUCCCCAGGACACAGACAGCAGCAGUCCCAGGUGGGGGUUCCUUGAGUUUAUUCUGUACCCAACAUUAGGAUGAAAUGGUUCCCAUAAAUAAGGGGCAUAAGCCCUUCCUCACGA